AUAGCCGUGUGGCAAGUGUACGUGGGCUAUAGUACUAGAGCUAGAUAAGCAGAUCAUUGACUUUGGUUUGCAUGAUGUUUUCUUGCAUAUGAACGCGCGGGACUUGGUGGAUCAUGUUGCGAUCCGGGAAGCAUGUCAUGCAGUAGUGAAAUACUACAAGGACGCAAACGUUGGGUGGAUAAUCUGCGGCUGGUACAAACCAGGCAUUGCAGCAGGGGCCGAAGUGGCGAAAGAACCCAAGUUCCACGUAACGCACGUUCGGCCUGAACGCGUGGUUCCCGAAGUGUGAGUUCGCAACAUACAGGAACGGCUGGUGGACAGUUGAAUAGUGAGGAUCCCAUGACACCGACACACACGCACGUUACACAGAGGACGAUAACGUCUCCACUCGAAAUGCUGUCGCGUUACAUUUUAAGCGGACGGAUCGAAGACGCAACGGCAAUUGUAAAUGGCGAUGAUGUGAAAACAAUUGCAGUGAGUAUUGUCGACGAGGAUUUCGUGGAGGAAAAAACUCGCGUAAUAGCGCAUAUUUUGCAGAUUAAGAAAAUCCAGCCGGGUAAGAAGAAGGCGUUGACCAGAGACUUUGGUGGGAAGGUGAUGAAACUAGAGCAGCCAUACGACCGUCUGGUGUUAUGCAGGAGUUUUGUAGGCUUUGUAACAUUCUCAUUUAAUUGGUGUUCUUUGCAUUUCAGAGACAUCACUGAAGGCACCUUAUUCUACGUCUAUUGUAGAGAUGAAGUGAAGGCAGCGCAAGUGUUUUUAAUGCGCAACUGUGCAUGGAUUGGGAUGACAAUUUGUAUAUUUGAACCAGUUUGAAUUUGUAGUGGCUGGCAUGCCAGAAAUCAGCAGCGAACAACCAUUGCUGCCAUUGCAUGAGCACUCGAUGUGUACUCUUUA